AUCCAAUCAACAAUAGCAUCCCCCAAGGCCUUAAGUUAAAAUUUAUACCCAUUCCUUUGUUUUUGCAAAUGGCAUGGUUUCGUAAACUCUUUGAACCCAAAGCCCGACCCCCAACUCAGCCCUCAACAGGACCAAGCCAGAACACCGACCAGGCUGCCGCGGCUCAAAGGCGGCAAGGGACUGCUUCACCGCAAGGAUCCUCUUCCCCCACUCGGACUACAUCACCUAAAUCCUCACCCCGUUCCUCUCCGAGCCGCAAGGCUCGUUCUCCUCCUUCUCGGUCUCCAUCACGUUUGGCACCACUUGCUACUACUCUUGUGGAGGGUGCCCCUCCAUCAGGAGGGGAAUCCUCGGCUAAAGUGCACCCGGCACCAGAUGUGGAGGGAAUUCCUCCCCCGCCACCGUCUCCUACUACUCGGGAUGCCCCUCUUUUAGGAGUAGAAUCCUCUGAAAAAGUGCACUCAGUACCUGAACUCCCAUCCCCAUCCAGGCCUUCUUCACGGCCACCCACUCCACCCCGUUCCUCUCCGAGCCGAAAGCCUCGUUCUCCUCCUCUUUCUCCUCCCCAGUCUCCAUCAUGUUUGGCACCACCUCCUACUAUUCUUGUGGGGGAUGCCCCGCUGUUAGGAGGAGAAUCAUCUGCUAAAGUGCACUCAGCAUUAGAGGCGGAGGGAAUUCCACCCCCACCGCAGACAACCCAAACACCAGUUUCGGUUCCUGACAGUGAAGUAAAGGCUAACCAAGCAGCACUUCAGGAAACCAUUUCAAAAACAAAAGAGCUUAUUCAGCCACCCGACACGACCAUACCACCUUCCAUAGUAUCAGGAACCGAUACUAUGGAAUCUGAUGGACUUUCUGAGGCUAGCAGCCAUAGAGCAGCUCCAGAAAUCGUAUCAGAAAAACUAACUGCUGCCCUCACAGAAAGUCAGCAAGAGACCGCCCCACCUCCUCCGAACUCAGGCGUCGUAAAAGAUAAUGAAAUACUGCCAGAGACAGGGGAGAAUGGUCGUAAUCAUAGCGUAGCAAAACAUGAAAUGACAGAGGAACAGACGGCAAAAAAGCAGCCAGAAGCAACUGAACAGCAAAAGGAGGUGGAGCAUACAGAGAAAGCAUCCAAUUCUGAUGGACCAGAAACUAGAGAAGUGGUCAAUGAUGAGCAGCAGGACAAGAAGCAGAAGCAGAAGCAGCAAGUAUUUAUUCAGAAGAAAGAUAAAAAGGAGAUGCAAUCAUCCAUGGAAGAUGUGCUGGGGGCAGUAAAAGUGAUAACGCUUGCAGGCGAUAACAAAGGGGCAUCCAUGCAACUAGGCUUCGACCCGUCAUCUAAGGAGCGUCCCAUCCACAUCCACAGAGCUUAUAAAUCAAACCACAAUGACCACCGCAUUGUCGACAACGAAGUGAUCAUCACCACUGAUAUAGAGGAGGCGGGAAGAAAAUCGAACAGCCAAGAAACCAACCAAGAACAGGAAGUUCUGGCGGUUUAUGCCAACUCCAAUGUUCAAGGAGUGAACAAUGCGAUCCUGGUAGACUGUACAAUCACAGAAAGAAAUCCUGGGGUGAGUUUGCAAAUACCAUCAUGUUUGCAAACAGAACCUGUGAACUCAAAUGACGAAACAGCCCCCAUUCAAGCUCACAAGGCUGUUCAGCUGAAAAAAUUUACACAUGAGCCACAGCCUACUCCUACUCUUAGAAGGAGAUGCCUCAGAGGUCUUCUUCUGGAGAGUGAUUCUGAAACAGAGAACCCUUCAAAGCGCCCUCGUCGCCAUGGUUGUCGUGUUGGUUGCAAGGAUAAGUAAAUAGUAAUAAUAAUAAUAACGUGUGUACAUAAAAGUUACACUUACUGGAUUGAUCAAAUUGUGGAAUUGUAAUAAAGUUGGCACUUUCAUUACAAAUAUUGUUUUUUUUUAGAAAUUGUUUCACAUAUGUUUAAAUAAAGCACAUAUGUUUCAAUAAUUU